CUUCCCACACUCCCAGUGACUGAACACCAGAAGGGGAAACAAAACUAUCCACUUUCUAUGGAAAUAUUCACUGAGAAUCAGGAAUCAUGAAAUUCAGAUUCCAGGAAUCUUGGUGCCGGCCUUAUAUGAUAUGCCUACAUGUUCAUACGAAUUCUUUAAUCCCAUGAGUGUAUAUAUUUAGUAAACUCACAAAAAUUGGCCUGCAGAUGAUGGAGCAAUCGAAAGCCAUGGAGGAAGAUGAUGUUUAUACCAAGGAUGGGACAUUGGAUUAUCGUAACAGACCAGCAAACAAGAAGAAAACAGGAAACUGGAAGGCCUGCCCUUUUAUCUUGGGGAAUGAAUGCUCGGAGAGAUUGGCGUACUAUGGGAUGAGUUCAAAUCUCAUGAUUUACUUCCAAACCCGUCUGAAUCAAUCCACCACCAGUGCUUCGAAAAACCUGUCGAAUUGGUCGGGGACCUGCUAUAUCAUGCCGUUGGUCGGAGCGUUUCUUGCUGAUGCAUAUCUGGGAAGAUACUGGACCAUUGCCACCUUCUCUAUCAUCUAUGUUAUGGGGAUGACAUUGAUGACACUAUCAGCAACAGUUCCUGGAAUUAGCCCAACCUGUAUCGCACAUGAUAAGUGCACCGCGACAGGGAGAGACACCGCGGUGUGCUUCAUCGCCCUGUACUUGGUGGCGCUAGGGACCGGGGGGAUCAAGCCCUGCGUCUCAUCCUACGGCGCAGACCAGUUUGAUGACACCGAUGAAAAGGAAAGAAAGCACAAGAGUUCUUUCUUCAAUUGGUUCUAUUUCUCAAUCAAUGUUGGGGCGCUCGUGGCGGCCUCUCUGAUCGUGUGGAUUCAACAGGACGUGAGCUGGGGGUGGGGAUUCGGUGUUCCUGCGGUGGCUAUGGCAUUGGCUGUCACCUUUUUCUUCUCGGGGACUCGUUUGUAUCGGUACCAGAAGCCCGGGGGCAGCCCUUUCACGCGGCUGUUUCAGGUUGUCGUGGCUUCUUUAAGGAAACGUAAGGUUAAAGUGCCGUCCGACAAAUCUCUUUUGCACGAGACCGUAGGCCUUGAAUCAAACAUCCAAGGGAGUCGUAAGCUUAGCCACACAAAUGAGCUAAGAUUCUUUGACAAGGCAGCAGUGGUGGAAGAAUCAUUAGAUGAAGACAAGAAGGGCUCAGUUAGUCCAUGGAGACUAUGCACUGUGACACAAGUUGAGGAACUCAAGUCCAUUAUUCGCCUCCUCCCAAUCUGGGCAACCGGCAUAAUCUUCAGCACAGUGUACGGCCAAAUGGGCACACAGUUUAUAUCACAAGCCGAAGGCAUGAACACCUACGUAGGAACCUUCAAAAUCCCCGAGGCAUCCCUCGGCGUUUUCGACACCAUCAGCGUUAUUGUCUGGGUUCCAAUCUACGACAAGAUCAUAGUCCCCGCCGCCAGAAAACUCACCGGCCACAAGUCCGGCUUGACUCACCUCCAAAGAAUGGGUGUCGGCUUGUUCAUAUCCAUCUCCGCCAUGGUUUCCGCCGCCGUGUUAGAGAUGGUGCGGCUCUCAAUGGCGAAAAGGCACAAUCUUUACGACGCUAAAGAAGUGCCCAUCUCAGUUUUCUGGCAAGUUCCCCAGUAUUUCAUAAUUGGGUGCGCAGAAGUGUUCACAUUCAUCGGACAAUUGGAGUUUUUCUACGACCAAGCCCCGGAUUCCAUGAGAAGUUUGGGCACUGCCCUUUCCCUUACCACCGCCGCCAUUGGGAACUAUUUGAGCUCUUUCCUCGUCACCAUUGUUACAGACAUUAGUACGAGGAAUGGCAAGCCUGGUUGGCUUGCCAGCAACCUCAACCGCGGCCACCUGGACUACUUCUUCUGGCUUUUGGCGGCGCUCAGCGUGGUAAACCUCGGAGUUUUCGUUGUGGUGGCGAAAAUGUAUACAUACAAGAAGGCCAUCAAUAAGGACUCCGACCUUGUUCAUGCUGAGAAUGGCAACUCGGAUCGUAACUUGUGAUAAUGAUGUAGUUUAAUGAUAAGUAUAAUGUUUUCUAGACAUGCAAUAAGCUAGCUUACAUACAUGAUACAUUUCAAUCUUACCAUCUUCCUUCAUGUUAAAUGUACUA